CGUUACUCGUGGACAUCUAAGACAUCACUAUAGUUCAAAACGUAUGAUCGGCAUCAAGGUAUUUUAUUUUUUCGCCCAGAAAAAAACAUAUUCAUAAUGAGUUUAUGAUUUCAAACAAAAUCCACAUUUUAAAAUUACUAUUAUUUCGAAGCACGAAUUUAUAGCAUAUUAAUCCAUUUGAUGUCUUAUAGUGAUAAAAUUUAGCUUAAAAUGUUAUUUUAAAUUUUAGUAAGGACUAUAAAUGAUACGAUAUCUUAUCUACCUAACAAGGAGGCAACGAUAACUCAAUUAUAGCCAUAUCCCAUAAUUAAUGUCUUGAUAAUGAAUUUAUGUUGAAUCCAACUUCCAUAGGUGACUUUAACAAACUAGAUAACAGCAGUAGUUGGUCCACAUUCGGCGAUAUUCCAUAGAAAAACAAAUAUAAAACGCGUGAGAAAGAAACAGGUUCAUAGAAGGAAAAAGGCACAGCUGUAAGCUAAUCAAAGUUUUGAAAAAUCUUUGAUUUUUGAACUUCACUUCAAAGCAUCGAAAUUUAUCAAAUAUUAUUUUCCUUAAUACAACAAAUCGCUUCUUAUCAAUUCUGAGAGUCACUCACAUGAUAUUAAAACCCACGUUGGGAGUAACACAGUUUUUGGUUAUGGUUUUUUUCUGGGAAACUCUUCAAUUUUUUUCUUUGAUCUUUGAAGAGACUCUUUUGGAGUGUUGUCAUCAAAGAUAACAACUUUGCUGUGUUGGGGGUUUGGAAAACUUGGAUUUGGUUUUGGCCGUUUUUUGAUAUCGUGGCUUGGAUUUGUAUGUUCUGUGGCGGGGAUCUCGGGAGUUUCUGAUGGCAGAGAAGGUAGAGAACCAUAGGGCUCUUUGGUCUUCAAGCCCAAUACUUAACUGGCGUUUUGGGUUGCUCACUCUUCUUGUUCUGGUUGGCAUGGUCGUGGUUUGGAGCAUUGAUGGCUGCACUGUUAGGAACAUCAUCGAAGCUUGGAGGUAUGGUCAAGAUUCUUUUUCUCUAAGGUCUCAUUCGCCUAAUUUUACUCAUUCGCUUCAUCCCAAUAUCACUUUUGUCACCCCAUAUAGUCCAGUUAGUUUCAAUCAAAACCAAACCAAUGCUACCCAAUUUGAUCCCCACAAUCAUGGGAACAUCACACUGUCUGAGUACAGUGAACCAGUUUCAGCUAAGAACUAUAGUAGUGAUGUGGUGUUUGAUAAGCUUCACAAAACCCUACUAAAGCCUGAAGUUCAGGAGCAUGCAACUUGGCUUUCAAGUGAAUUAGAGCCCAACUUGACUUCUAAUCUUCUUGCAAGAUGGUUAGCUCCUGGGGGAGAACCUUGUAAAGAUUCUAAGACACUGGGAAUUUCAAUUCCUGGUUUGGAUGGUGGGCAAUUGAUAGAGCUAUCAGCUGGUGAUGUGCAUGAAUUUGGUUUUCAAGCAUUGGAUGAAUCAGGGAAACCUCGCUGUUUGGGAGGGGAUUACUUUGAGACUGAUCUUUCAGGGGAAUCAUGGAAAUCUAGGCCUUUGGUGAAAGAUUUCAGUAAUGGUUCUUACUCCAUUUCCCUUCAAGUUCAUCCAGAUUUUGAGGGGCUUUACAAUCUCACUAUAAUUCUGCUUUAUAGACACUAUGAAGGCCUGAAAUUCACCCCGUGGCGAUUUGUCCAUGAUCAAGUGCUUUGCAAUGUUGCUAUCAGAUUCUACAAAAGCAGUGCUCAGUUACAAGAAUUAACGACCUGUAAAGCUUCUGAUUUUGGCAAGGAUGUUUGGAGUGGAAGGUGGACAAGGCAUGGCAAGAACGAUGAGUGUCAAAUAGGUAAUGAUGGUAGGUAUAGAUGCUUAGCACCGGAUUUUCCCUGUAAAGCUCCAUGGUGUGAUGGUUCCUUGGGAAUUCUAGAGAGUAAUGGUUGGGUUUACUCAACACACUGCUCAUUCAAGAUGUAUUCUGCUGAGUCUGCUUGGAAGUGCUUGAAGAAUCGGUGGAUUUUCUUUUGGGGUGAUUCAAAUCAUGUUGACACGAUACGAAACAUGCUCAAUUUUGUUUUAGAUUUGCCCGAAAUACAUUCUGUCCCUAGAAGAUUUGAUAUGAACUUUUCUAACCCAAAAGACCCUUCUCAAACGGUUAGGAUCACAAGCAUUUUCAAUGGGCAUUGGAAUGAAACACAAAACUAUUUAGGAUUGGAUGCUCUGAGAGAUGAAGGAUUUCAAAGUUUGUUGAAUAAAUACUUCUCAGAAGACACAAUCCCGGACACUGUGAUCAUGAACUCUGGAUUGCAUGAUGGUGUUCACUGGCGUAAUAUAAGAGCAUUUUCUGCUGGUGCAGACUAUGCAGCAUCAUUCUGGUCAGGUAUUAUGAUGAGAGUGAAGCAAAGAGGUUUAGCAUGGCCACGAGUCUUUUAUCGGACCACAGUUGCAACUGGUGGAUAUGCAAGAUCACUAGCAUUUAAUCCUAACAAAAUGGAGGUUUUCAAUGGAGUGUUCAUAGAGAAGUUGAAGAAAUCUGGCAUUAUAACUGGUGUGAUUGAUAACUUUGAUAUGACUUUUCCAUGGCAUUUUGAUAACCGGUGUAACGAUGGAGUUCAUUAUGGAAGGGCUCCUGCAAAGAUGAAGUGGCGAGAUGGCCAAAUUGGUCAUCAAUAUUUUGUGGAUCUCAUGUUAGUUCAUGUUCUGCUAAAUGCACAAUGUGCAAGAUAGCUUGGGAGAUUCAGUUUAAAAGAGGAGAAAAUCAGAAUUCAAAACUUUAUCACAAAGUGGAUAUGGACUUGAAUAAAGUCUCUUCAGGUAGCCUCCACCAUUUUGGGUUGUGUAUUAUUUGUUCACCACGAGUUAGAUUAAGCAUUCUUUUUUGUUCAUAGAUUUUUAAGCAUUGAGUGUUGUGUAUUCAUGAGCUCCAUUAAUAGAUUAGCAGAGGAUUUAUAUCCUUCAAAACACAUUUUCCUAUGGACGAUCAAUAUGAAGUUUAUAGCGAAUAUAUGCUUCAUUUGCAAAUUUCUUCUUUGAGUAGCUGUGGGAUAACAAAAUAAUAGCUAAGCAAUUGUUUUAUGACUUUGACGCCAUAUACAAAGGCUUGUGGUUAGUUACCUACGAUAGCUUUUGCACCUUUUCUAGUUGACAUGAAAUUAUGUUGGCGGAGUUUCCAUAACUCCUAGUUUGCUUAUAAAACAACCAACAUAAAAUGAUAACGAAAGGUAAAACUUCAAAUCCAAACCUCCUUAGUUUAUUCCACAAUCUGUUAAGAAUUCUGUCUAUGGCUUCAUUAGAUUCUUGGGGUACACGUCCAGCAAUUGGAGGAUUGGACAGCUCUUUACAAGAAAUAACAAUUGGCAUUUGCCACCAAUCAACAAGU